ACGUCCUACGUAGGGCUAGGCUAAGGUAUUUUGCACAACAAAAGCAACCCGAAUACCACGCCCAGUGAAAGCUAUUCAGGCGAAGAUCCCUACUUUACCUAACAAUACACGGAACCCGUGCGUGUACAUGUACUGUACAAGGUCGUGUGUAGGCACCGAUACAGGUUGAACGGUGUACUUGUAAGCCUAGUGUGAAAACGUAUUCUAUCACUCGUACGUGUGUGGUAUCUGCUGGAAGAAGUCUGUUCCCAGUACAACUUUCUGUUAGACGGUGAAGAGCACACGUGGAAAGAGGCACCAUGCAACUCUCAACGAAGAAAUGUCUCCUGACUUAUACAGGCGCCAUCAUGUUCGCAUUCGGCUUUGGUAUCAUGCUGGAGGGUAUUUCCUACAAAGCACUACCAAGUAAUGACCUUAACUUGAACGCGGUGGUUAGAGCUGUACCUCACUGGUGUGGAAUGCUGCUCUUGCUACUUGGUGCCAGGAACUUCACAUUUGGUCUUGCACAGUGGAAAUAUGGCAUGAACUGCUGUGGGCAGAGCGGUGCCUGUGAGGUUGUCUUCGUCAAUCUGUUGGCUCUUGUCGUCUCUGGGUGUGCCAUUGGUAUGACAAUCUGGGGCUCGUUUGAGAAUCUCAAGAGUUCUACGGCAGAAACCAUUGCUCAAAAACCCGACUUCAUAUACCUGAUCGGCAUCUGGUUCAUGAGCAUGAUAUGCGCCAUACUUGCCUUGCUGUCCAUGUUCGCUGGCUGCCUGCCGAUUGGCUCGCCGUCAGAAGAGGAGGACGUGAUUGAAAUGCAACAGUACGGCCAUGAUAACCCCCAGUUCAGCAAGUACUAGAGGGUGACGAGGGGUACUAAGCCAUCGUAGCUUGGCACCCUACAGUUGUUAAGAAUUCAAAGGGUUCGCACUGCGUCGUGACACCAUUACAUUUAUGCACAUUUCCACAGAUUUUUCCUUUUUUAAUUGCACUGGUUUGAAGACGUUUUAAAAUGAUUUUUACUGCUCUGGCAUGUGGUGCUUUGAAGGGGUUGACAACCCCACAACGAAUACAUCGGCUUACUUUCUGAAAACUUCUAAAGUGAUACUUGGUUGAGAUAGAGAACACUUUUAAACGACACUUAUUGAAAACAAACACUUUUGUCUAAAACUUCAGAACCAUUAAAAAAAAUUCAAUCAACGAUGAAAUUGAUAUUAUGUUAAGUACAUGUAUAUCAUUUUCAUAGUUGAUUAUGUGUAUUCAGAUUUAAAUGUUAGGAAUAUCAUGGUACUCUGUAUAUAUCGAUUAAAAAUGCAUUGAAGAUUUCUGUUUUGAAACUUUUGUUGUUAAUCUUCCGUAGUACAGUAUACGAUAGUUGACUUUUUAAAUUUCUGUUCGCGUGAACAAACUUCGUUUAUGAGGGGAACCUUCUACUUUGUACAGUGAACAGUUUUAAGUACUUGGUGUUUUUGUCAAUCUGUACUUUUUUCUUUAAGUAUUUUUAGCAUUUACAUUUAUUGAGUUCGAUUUUUAUGUUUACGGUUUAUACUCCUAACUAUUGUUUUGUUUUAAUUGUAUAUCGGGUAUUUAUAUAGUCUUGAUUAUAACCACGAGAUAGCAUUUCAAAAUUGUUACUUCGAAAUUCUUUGUUUUAAAACUCAAAGCCAGACUAGUGUGUUAAAUACAAUGUGUGUUACUUUUAUACAUGGUCCACACGAAAUCUUGUUGCAAGUUGCAGUCACGUCAAUCAAGGGUAUACUCAGUCAAGUCACAGGUGCUGAACAAUGGCGAAGGCAUGUUAUCGUCCAAAGUUGAAUAGCUUAUCACUCGACCAGGCAUUGAAUUACUUGUGAUUAACUAAUUCGGCCAAGGCUUUUCAUAUUGCCCUACAUAAUCGUCACAUUAUACAUGUACACAUGUAACAGUUUACGAUUCGCGAAAGGAAUUGAGGGCACACUGGAAUUGAACAACAGUAAUAUUGAUGGCGAGUUAUCUUUAAACGUUUGCAAAGAAUAGAGUACAUGUGCUUAAUUUUGUUAUAAAGUGGCCUCGGAGUGUAAACAUGUCAAAAUUGCUCCAAUAAAUGUAUUUCUCCAACGGGAUUUUCCGUCUUCCAAAAUGCAACCUGGCUUUGAGUUUUGAGAACGCUUAGUUUAGUCUUGAGAAAUAAUUUACCUCUGUUAAUGAAUGGCGAUUGUCAAGAAGUGUGUUUACAACAAUUCGCCAAAACAAAACCCAAAAACAAUCGCGAAGCGUUCGAACAAAAAUACGUGUACGUGUACAUCUGUUCUUACCGAUUGCGCAGGAUCUUCAUAAUUUCAUAUUACGUCAUUCCUAAUGACGUCAUUGGUGACGCACCGUCGCAGUAUUUAUUGUUUAUUGGUGACAUUUUGUGGGUUUGGAUUUAGUUAGUCCAGUUAUAUUUAGCUUGGAAACUUUUUGCCAACGUAAACUAUACAUGUACAUUUUUUUAAUGCAAAUAAUUGCAUAACUUUCUGUACAUGGUUUUUAUUGGAUAAAACAUUACAGACUGUUUACCCUUUACAUGUUAUAAUUUGUUUCCUCUUAAGCAACAAAUUCCGUAUUUUUUUUUAACAUUAAUGUGUGUUUUCAUAGUGGUAAGCUGUUUUACAGUACUGUUAAUUUGCAGUUAAAAUGCCAUUAUUUCGUCAUUUAAAGGCUGAUUAGGAAUAAACGAGAAAAAUAUGUUAUUCGCAUUAUUUCAGGAAUGAGAAAUUUCACAUUUUAUCAAAUGAAUUCAAAUUCAUCAACUUGUAUAUAUAGUGAACGUCCAAAUUGGAAAGAAUGUUGCAUCCUGACUCCACUGUUUUCAUGUAUUAUCUCAAUGAAGGUUAGUCAUUGCAAACAUGUUCAAAAACAUAAACAGACUGAGAAACAUUUCCAAUUUUGGAAAAUACUCUAAAAAUGCACUCGACUUCCCUUAGACUUUGGAAAAAAACCCACAGAAAUGGCGUCAGGAUACUACAUAUACAAUGUACAUUCUUUCCAAAUAAGUUACUGUGGGUGCAUGUUAUGAAAAGGCACAUCUCAGUACUACAUGUGUACUAAAGACGAUGAGGCAAUUUAGAGGAAUUUUAAAUUGGCAGUGUAGCAGAUAGCCUUAGUGCUGUCUUUUGUUGAGAUAAUUAAACAGAAAACGUCAUCAAUUCAUACAAUGGCUUAGCACAAAGAGCCUCAAUUUUAGUGCUCAUUUGAAAUUCUUCUAAUUAAGGGUAGCCUGUGCUGCUUAAACCAUUAUCUGCUUACUAGAAAUCGGUUACCAACCAAGAGUGGCCUAAAGUUCACUGCAGGCUGUGAUUGGUUCUCCGCAAUGUAUGUUUUAAUAAGCAGGACAUUUGCCUCGCUAUAUGGGAGUUCGGUGUGGCAUGUAACGCUCGAAUUUUGUCCUAGACGACCAUUGCAUGAAGAUGAACGAAAUGUUGAUGGUUAGAUUAUAACAUGUACACACAUUGGUAACUUCUGACAAGUAUUAAUUUUAAUGUUGAAAUAUACACAAUAUUGAUAGAAAUUGGAAAACGAAUAAAAGGUGUAAAUCAUUUUACCGUACUUUACAAGA